ACGUCACAGAAGCUGCGCUAGUCGUUUCACGGAGUCCAUUUUGAAAAGUCGGUGGUUUAGUUUGUUGGAAAAAUCUGUUUCCAUCGCACGUUUAAAUAGUAUAUUUGUUAGGUUAUUUUAAAAUUUAUAGCUUCUAUAUCUUGAGAAAUAAUAUUAAGCCAUUUUCGGUGCGUUUAGAUGCCUUUUAACUUGUCAAUUAUGGUGCACAAGUUGAAAAUUGCAGUUGUCUGUUCCAGUAACCAAAACCGAAGUAUGGAAGCUCAUAAUUUCCUGAGCAAGCGUGGUUUUAACGUGAAGUCAUACGGAUCGGGAACUCACGUCAAGCUCCCAGGCCCAGCGCCAGACAAACCCAACAUUUAUACGUUUGAUACCCCUUAUGACGAAAUGUACAAAGAUUUACUGAGAAAAGACUCUGCUUUAUAUACACAGAAUGGAAUUCUCCACAUGCUGGACAGAAACAGAAGAAUAAAGGCUCUUCCAGAGAGGUUUCAAGAAGCUGUUGAACACUUUGACUUAAUUAUAACAGCAGAGGAAAGAGUUUACGACCAAGUAAUAGAACAUUUAGAAGGCCUGGAUGCACAGUCUUAUAAACCAGUACAUGUUGUUAACAUCGAUAUUCUGGAUAACCAUGAAGAAGCUACCCUUGGUGCAUUUCUGAUUUGUGAGAUUUGCGAAGCAAUUGAAAAGCUUACUGAUGUGGAAGAUGAGAUUAAUGAUGUUGUCGCAAAAUUUGAAGACAAAUAUAAAAGAAAUAUACUACAUUCUGUUGCAUUUUAUUAAAUGUUGAUGGGGACAACUGAAGAAAAUUCAAACCAAGCAGUAGAAUAUUUAAUAUAUUUUUGUCCUUUAGGGUACUCAGAUAAAUAAUACUUGAUAUUAUUAUCCCCAUACUACCAUUUUAGAAAUGAUUCUCUUCUUGGGGAAACUAGGGCUAAUAAAGAUAUGAUAAUUAUAAUCAUUCAGUUCAAUACAGUGGAAGUAUUGACUUGAAGUUGCUAUAUGCUCUUGGUAGGAAAUGUAGGCAACACAGAAGAAAAUCAUCAUAGGUUUCUUUGGCCAAUUCUGUGGCAUAACUGUGGUGUGCAUCAACAUAUAAUGUGUUGCUCCACAGUACACCCUGUAGAAAUUGCUAGCAUUCCCAUAAUUAAUAAAAGUGAAACCACUUUUUUCAUUCCUAAUGACAAUUAGCAGUAUGUAAAAGGAUUUAUAGUCAGUGAGAUAUUUAUUUAUGUAAAUAUUGUAACAUAAAAGUGCCUGUCUUUUCUGUGAGUGAUUCUGUCUUAUUAUGUAGAAUAAAUAUAUAUUUUGCUGA